AUGGCGUCUGAAUUGCAAUGGGUUCCUCACUUCUGCUUGACCUGUGACAAGCAGACAGAUGGUGCCACUUACUGCUCAGAAUCCUGCCGCCUCGCCGACUUCGAGGAGACGUCCUCCUUCUCCUCAUACUCGAAUUCCAACUCUCCAACCUGGGCAGCACCUGCUACAACAUACCCAUGGUCCUCGUCAUCAACUAGCCGCAAAGCUUUCCACCUGACGCCGGCAUACGACUUCAGCAACCCGCAGCCGUAUGGCACGACGCCGGGACACUACCACUACCCUCACAACUACAGCAACCAGUACACGACGCCCCGCCGCUCUGCCGCUCCGACCUCUGCCCUCUACUCCUCCGCCUCGACAUCUGUGCUCCCUCCCACCACGUCCGCAACGGCAACGGCCACAACAUCGGUGACUUACCGCCACGUUUUGUCACCAUCGAGCUCGCACAGCAGUCUCAGCUCUAUGCGAAGCAACUUGAGCUCCGGUGGUGCCAUGGGUGCUCUCACUGCUUUUGCAUCCGGCGGCGUCGUCAACACGCACAAUGCUUUCGGCACAUCUGCCGGCAGCAAUAGUGGUGAUCUCUCCGACAGAGCCCGAAGCGAGCUCCGCAAGUAUGCCAGCUCUCUCGAGCAGGGAAAGCUGCAGCGUCGGCGCUCCUGCUAG